AACAGCUAUUUUUAUCGCUGUCAUAAUGGUUGGAGUGUGUUUUCUGUACUGUGUUGCACACCUGCCUUCAUUAUUGUGGCCUGUCGCUGCUCCUGCUUAAACUCGGCCUCCUUCCUAUCUCUGCUCCUCCACCCCUUCCUAUUUUCGUCCUUUGUCUUCUUUUCUUACUUCCUUCUGCUGCUGUUCUGGAGUGAGUCUUUUCCUCCAGAUUCACUCGUUUGUCUAUCUAACUCAUUUGCACGCUUUCUUUUACUAACUUGCUUAUACUCGUAGUCUUUAUAUCAUUGGUGUGAUCAUUAUACUCGGUCAUCAGGCUUUACAUCAUGGUAGAAUCCAAUGGCGCUGCCCCCUAUGUGGGCUCAACCCGUUUGGGGGCUGAAGUGCCAGCGAGAGACUUCGACGGUGUCACGGAAAGGAAGCAGAUCGAGCCCACGACAAAUGAGAAACAGCUCCCACUGGACGACAACGAUGAAGAAGACGAGGACAUGGACGCGCUUAUUGAGGAGCUCGAGUCACAAGAUGGUCAUAUCGAUCAGGAAGACGAAGCUGAUAAUGAACCUGGCGGUGCUCGUCCUGUCCCUGACGAAUUGCUUCAGACAGAUACUCGCAUCGGUUUGACAGAUGCUGAGGUUCUGCUGCGGCGUAAGAAGUACGGGCUCAAUCAGAUGAAAGAAGAGAAGGAAAACAUGAUGCUGAAGUUUCUCUCCUAUUUCGUCGGACCGAUCCAAUUUGUCAUGGAAGCUGCAGCAGUUCUUGCAGCAGGUCUCGAGGACUGGGUCGAUUUCGGAGUCAUCUGCGCUUUGCUGCUUCUCAACGCAGGCGUCGGUUUCAUUCAGGAAUUUCAAGCUGGCUCGAUUGUCGAGGAACUGAAGAAAACGCUCGCACUCAAGGCAAUCGUUCUUCGUAGCGGAAGACUGGUUGAAAUCGAAGCACCUGGAGUCGUUCCCGGAGAUAUCUUGCAAGUUGAAGAGGGUACCAUCGUUCCAGCUGAUGGCCGUAUCGUCACUGAAGAUGCUUUUCUCCAAGUCGACCAGUCUUCCAUCACCGGUGAGUCCUUGGCCGUCGACAAACACACGGGAGAUACUUGCUAUGCCUCGUCAGCAAUCAAACGGGGAGAAGCCUUCCUCGUCGUCACUGCAACCGGAGAUAAUACCUUUGUGGGUCGUGCAGCUGCUCUAGUCAGCGCAGCAUCAGCCGGCUCUGGUCACUUUACGGAGGUCCUCAAUGGCAUUGGUACUGUUUUGCUGAUUUUGGUUAUCCUGACCUUGCUCAUUGUCUGGGUGUCUUCAUUCUAUCGGUCUAAUGGCAUCGUGACUAUUCUCGAGUUUACCCUUGCCAUCACCAUCAUCGGCGUCCCUGUCGGGCUUCCGGCUGUGGUCACGACUACCAUGGCUGUUGGCGCUGCCUACCUUGCCAAGAAGCAGGCUAUUGUCCAGAAGCUCUCUGCCAUUGAGUCUUUAGCUGGAGUCGAGAUUCUUUGCUCGGACAAGACGGGCACCUUGACGAAGAACAAGCUCUCUUUGGCCGAGCCUUACACCGUGGCUGGGGUUGAUCCUGAGGAUCUCAUGCUCACAGCGUGCCUAGCUGCCUCGCGCAAGAAGAAAGGAAUCGACGCCAUUGACAAAGCCUUCUUGAAGUCUCUCAGAUACUACCCACGAGCCAAAAGUGCACUCACUCAGUACAAGGUCAUCGACUUCCAUCCCUUCGACCCGGUUUCCAAAAAGGUUGUUGCCGUAGUCCAGUCUCCCCAGGGGGAACGAAUCACCUGCGUCAAGGGUGCUCCUCUUUUUGUUCUGAAAACUGUCGAAGAGGACCACCAAAUCCCUGAGGAGAUUGACAAUGCAUAUAAGAACAAGGUCGCCGAGUUUGCUACUCGCGGAUUCCGCUCACUUGGAGUUGCUCGUAAGCGUGGAGAGGGCGCAUGGGAGAUUCUGGGAAUCAUGCCUUGCUCUGAUCCACCUCGUCAUGAUACUGCAAAGACCAUCCAUGAGGCGAAGACUUUGGGUCUUUCGAUCAAGAUGUUAACCGGUGAUGCUGUUGGUAUCGCCCGAGAGACUUCGCGACAGCUCGGUCUAGGGACCAAUGUAUAUAAUGCGGAACGUCUCGGUUUGGGUGGUGGCGGCGACAUGCCUGGUUCUGAGGUGUAUGAUUUUGUCGAAGCAGCAGAUGGGUUUGCGGAAGUAUUCCCUCAGCACAAAUAUAACGUUGUCGAGAUUCUACAACAGCGUGGCUACCUGGUCGCCAUGACGGGGGAUGGCGUCAAUGAUGCUCCAUCUCUCAAGAAAGCCGAUACAGGAAUCGCCGUCGAAGGUGCCUCAGAUGCUGCACGCUCUGCUGCCGAUAUUGUGUUCCUCGCCCCAGGUCUAUCUGCCAUUAUCGACGCUUUGAAGACUUCCCGCCAGAUCUUCCACCGCAUGUACGCGUAUGUGGUGUACCGAAUUGCGCUGUCACUGCAUCUGGAGUUUUUCUUGGGCCUGUGGAUUGCUAUCCUUAACGAAAGUCUGAACCUUCAACUGGUUGUCUUCAUCGCUAUUUUCGCAGACAUUGCGACUCUGGCUAUUGCUUACGACAAUGCACCGUAUUCCAAGACACCAGUGAAAUGGAAUCUUCCUAAACUCUGGGGGAUGUCCAUUAUCCUAGGCGUUGUUCUGGCUGUAGGCACGUGGAUCGCCCUUACUACCAUGUUUGCUGGCGGAGAGGACGGUGGUAUUGUGCAGAAUUUCGGACGACGUGAUGAGGUCCUUUUCCUUGAGAUCUCGUUGACUGAAAACUGGUUAAUUUUCAUCACCCGGGCCAAUGGACCGUUCUGGUCCUCGAUUCCAUCGUGGCAGUUGACAGGAGCCAUUCUGGUUGUUGAUAUUGUUGCAACCCUAUUCUGCAUAUUCGGUUGGUUUGUCGGUGGCCAGACCUCGAUCGUGGCUGUUGUCCGUAUUUGGAUCUUCUCAUUUGGCGUCUUCUGUGUAAUGGGCGGGCUCUAUUAUCUUCUCCAGGGGUCUGCCGGGUUUGAUAAUUUGAUGCACGGGAAGAGUCCCAAGGGUAGCCAGAAACAGCGUUCCCUGGAAGAUUUCGUUGUCUCGCUGCAACGAGUCUCCACGCAGCAUGAGAAGAGUUCAUGA